AUGGCUCCUCACGAGAUCGACGCUGUAGAGAUGGGGACAGCAUCAACCACUCCCUCCAUCCAGAGCGUGGAUCUGGUCAUCUUUGCUGCGUACAUAAUUCCAGUCAUCCCUCGUGACGUGAUCCUGUCGGACCAUGCCAUUGUGAUCGACAAGUCACGCAUUAUCGCGCUGCUCCCACGGGAAGAAGCCGUCACUCGCUUCGUUGGCUUGCAAGAGCGCCACUUAUCGGCCCACAUCGUCACACCGGGGCUUGUGAACCUGCACACGCACGCCGCGAUGACCCUUUUGCGUGGUCUGUCGGACGAUAAACCACUGUGUGACUGGUUGGUGCAGGACAUUUGGCCCACAGAAGCUGUGUUCGUGUGUCCCGAGUUCAUCAAAGCUGGGAUGACGCAUGCAGUGGCAGAGAUGCUGCGCUGUGGCACCACUUGCUGCAACGACAUGUACUUCUUCCCGGAUGUCGUGUGCAGUGUGCUGGAAGAGACCGGAUUUCGCGGGGCCGUGGGGCAGAUCGUCAUGGAAUUCCCAGGUCCGUACGGCUCCGGGUCUGAUGACUACCUUGAAAAAGCAGAGCCGAACCUGGAGAAGUACGCGCCCGGCUGCCACGACCUCAUCACCGUGACUAUGGCACCUCAUGCGCCGUAUACGGUCUCGGACACCAGCGUACAACGCGCAGACGCGCUGGCUAAGCAGUACAAGGCGCGAAUGCACAUGCAUUUGCACGAGACAGCGAGCGAGUGCAACGACAGUGAGAGCUUGAACCGGGAGUCAAUGAGCUGCCACCAGAGCGACCAGAAGAUGCGUCCGCUGGCGAAUUUGAAGCGCAUGGGGUUGCUGUCGGAGCGUCUCAUUUGUACGCACAUGACGCAGCUCACAGAGACGGAGAUCGACGCAGUUGCAGCAGCUGGAGCGCACGUGGUGCACUGCCCGUCGUCCAACCUCAAAUUGGCGUCGGGUAUUGCUCCUGUCACGGACAUGAUUGAGCGUGGCGUGAACGUCGGUAUUGGCACCGAUGGUGCAGCCAGCAAUAACUCGCUCGACAUGUUGAGCGAGAUGAAGCUGACUGCGAUUCUGGCCAAGGCGCAGACGCUUCAGAGCUCGAGUGUUCCUGCUGUCGAGGUGCUGCAGAUGGCUACGCUGAAUGGUGCUCGUGCACUUGGUCUUGAAAAAGACAUUGGCUCGAUUGAAGUGGGCAAGCGCGCGGACGUGAUUGCUGUCGAGUGCGAUAGUAUCGAGAUGAUCCCAAUGUACAAUGCCAUUAGCCACAUUGUGUAUGUGGCUGGUCGGGAACAUGUCUCGGACGUCUGGAUCAAUGGCAAACACCUGCUCGAUAACCACAAGCUCACGACGAUUGAUGAAGCACAAGUGAAGAAGAGCGUCCUCGAGUGGGCUGCUAAAAUCCGCAAACAUUGUGUGGAUGAUGAUGGGCCGGCUAAGUCUGCGGAUCGCAAUCACGAGCAAGUCUCGGAUGUCUCGGUGACUGGCAAACACUUGCUCGAAGACCGCGACCUCACAACAGUCGAUGAGGCUCACGCGGAAACGAGUGUCAGUGAGGGAGCUGCUCGAAAAUGCAAGCAGCAAAAGCUGUCGCAGUAG